UACGUUCUCCGAGUCGCCCAAGAACCAACGACGGGUAGCGCAUUCGGCACAAACAUGCUCACAAGGCUACCUAUUGCACCACCGCUAAUAUUUGAACUUGUGGUGACCGAUCGCGAAGGAAAAGAAACUUCUGCCCUGGAUGAAAUGCCGUUUUUGAUAUGCCAGGUGUCCCUUGCAACAGAAGAGGGUCAAAUGGCUGAUGUACUGUCACCAAUAGAGUCGUCAAAUGCGCGUGUAUCGUCUACCGGCGCUCAGCGGGCCCCGACGGCAUCAACCAGCAGACUGCCGACGAGUCCCGUGCGCAUGAUGUACGGCACGCUCGUUGCCAAUCCACAAGAAUUCUCAGAUCCUUCAGGAUACCCCAGGACAUACCUUAUAUUCCCGGAAAUCAGCAUCCGAGCUCGUGGUCGCUUCCACCUCCGAGCCACGCUGAUGCGCCUUCCAAACGCUACCACGGGCUUCACAACAGGAUCAACGCCACUCGUACAAGCUACCACUAAUACUUUCGAAGUCGUUCUUAGCUCCGAGUAUUCUGCCCCAGGUGAGCAGCUUGGUUUUGUUGCAUCGUGUCAUCUCAUAAGGCCCGAGUCUGACUCGACUCGCCACAGGGCCUACCGAACUAACCCUGCAUCUCGAACAACAAGGCGCCCAUUUCUUUGGCGGUACCGUUCCAUCAACUUAGAUUGCUCACGCCGCCCGAACACCACACCCUUUCUCCGCUGUCGUCCUUAUUCGGGACGCAUCCUGACUGCCCUCGACCUUCCUCGCAUCGCAACCUGCAUCGCAUCCGCAUACACUGCUUGCGCCACCUCCGUUUUCUAUGCUAAAAGUCUUGAUACCCAAUAUCUAAGAUGCCGCAAAUUGUCAGCAACAUGUUUACAUAGCCGACUUUGUAUUUUGCCAUUAUAUAUCAAUCUUUGUUCUUCGGUACAAUUUUACCUGUCUAAUGUGCAUCGCACGAAAAUUCACUUGUCUAUCGCUCGUUUUAUUAAAGGUAGCUUGAUAUCGGAUGCGGCCUUACGAAUGACGCAGUGA